AUGUUACUAUCUAUCUAUCUAUUCAUAAUGUUACUAUCUAUCUAUCUAUCUCAUAAUGUUACUAUCUAUCUAUCUAUCUAUCUAUUUCAUAAUGUUACUAUCUAUCUAUCUCAUGAUGUUACUAUCUAUCUAUCUAUCUAUUUCAUAACCGAUCUUAUAAUGUUUAUAUCUAUCUAUCUUAUAAUGUUUAUAUCUAUCUAUCUAGCUAGCUGGUGUUUUUCUCUAUAUAUCUAUCUACUAUCUAUCUAUCUAUCUGAGUCUGCUUGUCAAUCUAUCUAUCUAUCUAUCUAUCUAUCUAUCUAUCUGACUGUGUAUGUAUGUAUGUAUGUAUCUAUCUAUCUAUUUGGUCUGUUCCUAUCUAUCUCUUUCUAUCUAUCUAUCUAUCUAUCUAUCUACUAUCUAUCUAUCUAUCUAUCUGAGUCUGCUUGUCAAUCUAUCUAUCUAUCUAUCUAUCUAUCUAUCUAUCUGACUGUGUAUGAAUGUAUGAAUGUAUGUAUGUAUCUAUUUGUUCUGUUCCUAUCUAUCUCUUUCUAUCUAUCUAUCUAUCUAUCUAUCUAUCUAUCUAUCUAUCUAUCUAUCUAUCUGAGUCUGUUCAUUAUCUAUCUAUCUAUCUUCUUAGGCUUGUCAAUCUAUCUAUCUAUCUAUCUGACUGUGCUUGUCAAUCUAUCUAUCUAUCUAUCUGACUGCGUAUGUAUGUAUGUAUGUAUGUAUCUAUCUAUCUAUUUGGUCUGUUCCUAUCUAUCUCUUUCUAUCUAUCUAUCUAUCUAUCUAUCUAUCUAUCUUCUUAGGCUUGUCAAACUGACCUCUAUCUCUCUAUCUCUCUAUCUAUCUAUCUAUCUAUCUAUCUAUCUAUCUUCUUAG